AUCAGUUUAUCUUAUGCGCUUUCCAGAGGGCGGUGCAUCUGUCAGCUUCUGCUUUGCAGUAUGCACUCAUGUCAGUGCCUAUUGGGAUCAGAGAGGAGCACAGAGGGGAAAGAGAGGAGUGCUGUAGAGAAGGGAAAUACAGACACUUACCCAGCAGAGAUGGGACACACUGUGAUAUAAAACCCUCAGACCCCUUAAAAAGGCUUAUGCUGGAGGAUGUUUCAGAGCCUGGACGCAGAGGAAUUUAUCACUGUUCGUGUGCAAGACCCUAAGCUUCAGAAUGAAGGAUCUUGGACCUCUUAUGUUGAUUAUAAAAUAUUUCUCCAUACUAACAGCAAGGCUUUCACAGCCAAGAUAUCCUGUGUAAGGAGACGUUACAGAGAGUUCGUCUGGCUGAGGAAGCAACUUCAGAAAUAUGCUGGCUUGGUACCGGUUCCAGCAUUGCCUGGCAAAGCCCCCUUCUACAUGGGCAAUAAUGAUGACUUCAUAGAGAAGCGGAGACAGGGACUCCAGCAGUUCCUGGAGCAAGUUGUAGAGAACAUGGUCCUGUUAUCAGACAGUCAACUGCACCUCUUCCUGCAGAGCCAGCUCUCUGUGUCUGAAAUUGAGGCCUGUGUGAUAGGCCACAGAAACUUCACAGCUACUGAAGCUAUCUUGAGCUAUGCUAUGUCUAACCGUGGCUGGACACAAGAGGAAAGCCUUUGACCAACUGAAGAAUGUUGUGGCAAAAAGUCGUCGCACUCUGCACUUUGUUACAUAGAGGGAACAACUUGUUAAACUUUCUUUUUAGGUUUUGUUCAUGAGAUUCCUGAUGAUGGGACCAGAACCGCUGACCAUACAGUGAUCAUCUCCUUCAUGCCAGGCUCCUGUGUUUGUGAUGUGGUUGUAAUUCCAAUUAAUUGUAUAAGGAUUAUAGUUAAGUACACUUUGUAUUCAGAUGUUCCAGUCAGUUCUCACUUUUUUAUUGAAAUAAGCUGUUAAGCAUUGAAUGUGAAAUAUUUAUGAUACAGUUUUAGUAGGUGUAAUAGAUUAUUAGUGACAUUGUCACUAGAGAGAUGCCAUACUUUGCUUUUACAGUAUUUCCCAGAAUCAACGUGGAUUUUUGCCCCAGAAUAAAUCUCAUAGGUAUUUGUACAAUCUCCCUCUAUAUCUUCCACAAUAUGUUCUGUCCUCUAUCCCAGACCACACUCCGCUCAUUGUAUUACAGUUCUACAUUUCACCUAAUCCCCUUUUCUUCUGUUAUGUGUGAUCAGUCCACGGGUCAUCAUUACUUCUGGGAUAUAACUCCUCCCCAACAGGAAAUGCAAGAGGAUUCACCCAGCAGAGCUGCAUAUAGCUCCUCCCCUCUACGUCAGUCCCAGUCAUUCUCUUGCACCCAACGACUAGAUAGGAUGUGUGAGAGGACUAUGGUGAUUAUACUUAGUUUUUAUAACUUCAAUCAAAAGUUUGUUAUUUUACAAUAGCACCGGAGCGUGUUAUUACUUCUCUGGCAGAGUUUGAGGAAGAAUCUGCCAGAGUUUUUUACUAUGAUUUUAACCGGAGUUGUUAAGAUCAUAUUGCUGUUCUCGGCCAUCUGAGGGAGGUAAAGGCUUCAGAUCAGGGGACAGCGGGCAGAUGAAUCUGCAUUGAGGUAUGUAGCAGUUUUUAUUUUCUGAAUGGAAUUGAUGAGAAAAUCCUGCCAUACCGUUAAAAUGACAUGUAUGUAUACACUUCAAUAUUCUGGGGAUGGUAUUUCACCGGAACUACUCUGUUAAAGGUCACUAAUCCUUUUAAUAACUAUUUAUCAUGUUAAACGUUUUUGCUGGAAUGUAGAAUCGUUUACAUUGCUGAGGUACUGUGUGAAUAAAUAUUUGGGCAUUAUUUUCCACUUGGCAGCUUUUUUUUUUUUUUUUUUUUGCUUUUAUUUGUGACAGUUUCGUUUCUCUUCACUGCUGUGUGGGAGAGGGAGGGGCCGUUUUUGGCGCUCUUUGCUACGCAUCAAAAAAUUCCAGUCAGUUACUUUUAUAUUUCCUGCAUGAUCCGGUUCAUCUCUGACAGAUCUCAGGGGUCUUCAAACUUCUUUGAAGGGAGGUAAAUUCUCUCAGCAGAGCUGUGAGAAUUCUUAUAGUGACUGUGAAUAAAAACGUUGCUUUGUAUUUUUUAUGUCAAAUUUAAUUAUUGUUAUUUUACUAAUGGGAACAAACCUUUGCUAAAGGUUGUGUUGUUUUAAAGUUUGAUGCUAUAACUGUUUUUCAGUUCACUAUUUCAACUGUCAUUUAAUCGUUUAGUACCUCUUUGAGGCACAGUACGUUUUUGCUAAAAAAGAUUAUAACCAAGUUGUAAGUUUUUUGCUAGUGUGUUAAACAUGUCUGACUCAGAGGAAGAUAUCUGUGUCAUUUGUUCCAAUGCCAAGGUGGAGCCCAAUAGAAAUUUAUGUACUAACUGUAUUGAUGCUACUUUAAAUAAAAGUCAAUCUGUACAAUGUGAACAAAUUUCACCAAACAGCGAGGGGAGAGUUAUGCCGACUAACUCGCCUCACGCGGCAGUACCUGCAUCUCCCGCCCGGGAGGUGCGUGAUAUUAUGGCGCCUAGUACAUCUGGGCGGCCAUUACAGAUAACAUUACAAGAUAUGGCUACUGUUAUGACUGAAGUUUUGUCUAAAUUACCAGAACUAAGAGGCAAGCGUGAUCACUCUGGGGUGAGAACAGAGUGCGCUGACAAUGCUAGGGCCAUGUCUGAUACUGCGUCACAGCUCGCAGAGCAUGAGGACGG